AUGCAAGACAAGACGAAACUGUGGCAUUUGAGGUUGGGACAUAUAAGCGAGAGAGGUUUUGUGGAGUUGAACAAGCAGAAGCUGCUUGAAGAUGAUAGAAUGGAAGAGCUGGAGUUCUGUGAUCAUUGCAUACUAGGUAAGUCUUAUAGAUUGAAGUUUGAGACUGGUAAACAUGUAUACGCGCAUGCGUCUGUUGCUAGCCAGACGAUGCAAGACAAGACGAAACUGUGGCAUUUGAGGCUGAGACAUAUAAGCGAGAGAGGUUUGGUGGAGUUGAACAAGCAGAAGCCGCUUGGAGAUGAUAGAAUGGAAAAGCUGGAGUUUUGUGGUCAUUGCAUAAUGGGUAAGUCUUAUAGAUUGAAGUUUGAGACCAGCAUGUAUCCAGUAGACCAUUUGAGUAUGCUCACGCGGACUUGUGGGGUCUAA